GAUGAAAUUCUCUUGACUCCCUGGAGGGAUUUUCCCGUCCAAGACACGGAUCCGUUCACCCCCCCGGAUGAAGAGAAAUGGGAUUUCGUCCUGGUAAGCGACAUCCAUGAAGUCGGCAGCGAGAAGGAGAUCAAGAGGAAGAAGUUCCUGGAUGAACUGAGUAAAAAGGGGUUCACCAUCAAGAAAAUCGAGGACAAGAAGCUAUUCUAUGGAGUCCGUGCCCCAAAACAGAUCUUCCGGAAAUACCAGCAGCUCCUGAGGAACCCCGACAGCAGGCUGCAGAACGGCGACGUCCAUCAAGAAGUACCAGUGACAACCAGGAUACGGAUCGUGAACUUCAUCCUGAACAACACGGUGACGCCCGACCUCGAGAAGCUGCACGACUUGAAGAAGAAGAAAGUCUUUGAGGCAGCGUUUCCCCUGCACGAGAAAGAAGAGGUAAGGGAGUUCCUAAAGGAGAAAUGGGCUCGCUGGAGAAGCGUGUUUUCCCAACAGCCGAUUGAGAAGAUCAGGUGCUAUUUUGGUGAGAAGGUGGCCUUGUACUUUGCCUGGUUGGGCUGGUACACCUGCCUGCUGGGGGUCGCUGCAGCGGGGACGGUUUUGUUUGCCAUAUUCAUGGCGAUCUGGGCCACGGUGUUCCUGGAGCUCUGGAAGAGGCAGAGAGCCACUGUGGUCACCGACUGGGACCUGUACAGGUGGGACGAGGACGAGGAGGAGCUGGCAAUGCAGCUGAUCAAUAAUUUGCAGCACGAACCGCGGAAGUACCAGCACUCCUACUUCCGCAGCACCAUCGUACUCCUCUUGGGUCUGGUGAUGAUCGCCGUGCUGAUCGGCAUCGCCCACGCACUCGUCAUUUACCGGGUGGUAGCGAUGGCUCUCUUCAGCCAGAGCAGCUUCGAGUUCCUCCGCGAGCAGGCCGACACAGUGGCGGUGGUGACAGGGGCCGUGCUGCACUACAUCACCAUCGUCAUCAUGACCAAGGUCAACAGGAGCGUGGCCCUCUUCCUCUGUGACCUGGAGAAACCACGGACCUUCUCCCAGCGUGAGAACAACUUCACCGUGAAGAUCUUCACCUUCCAGUUCUUCACAAACUUCUCCUCGCUCAUCUACAUCGCCUUUUUCCUGGGACGGUGAGCGGUGGCUGGGGGUCUCAGAGCCUCGCAGUGCCACCCCAGCGGCUGCAUCACCGACCUCUUCAUCCAGAUGGCCAUCAUUAUGCUGCUCAAGCAGACCAUCAGCAACGUGAUGGAGUAUCUCAUCCCCUGGAUACGCCACAAGAUGCGCAAGAAGAAGGGGCGUCCCAAGAAGAGAAGCUUCAUGUUAGGAGAGGAGGAGGAGGCCGAGGACCCCUGCAAAAGGCAGUGGCUGAGCAACUAUCAACUCAACGAGGUCAACCCCUUCAGCUUGUUCAACGAGUUCUUGGAGAUGGGUACGCAGGGCAGCUUCACCACCAUCUUCGUCGCCGCCUUUCCCCUCGCCCCGCUGCUGGCAUUCUGCAACAACAUCUUCGAGAUCCACCUGGAUGCCAUCAAGAUGAUGCGGCUGUACCGGCGCAUGGUGCCCAGGAAAGCCAACGACAUCGGGAUUUGGCUAGAGGGCCUGGAGGCGAUCGCCAACAUG